UUCGUAACAAACCCCAAAUCGUAUGCCGCACGACGCUAUCGCAGGAAGGGAAAUUUAUAUCGGUACAGCUUCCUAGGAUAAAAGACUGACUCCUUGUUUCUUUUGUUAACAAGGAUAUUUAAAAAAAAAGAUGGCUGACGACUUCGAUGUGGAAGCAAUGCUGGAGGCUCCAUACAAAAAAGAGGAUGAUGGAAGAGGAGAUGCUUCAUCUGAGAGGGAGAAAAGAAAGCAUCGAGACCGUAACAGGGAUAGGGACAGGGAAAAAGGUCACAGCCAUCGAGACAAAGACAGGAAAGAUCGUGAUCGGGAUAGGGAUAGAAAAGACAGGGAUAGAAAGAGGAGUAGGAGUAGAGACCGUGACAGAGAUAGGAAGGAACGUAGAAGAAGUCGAAGUAGGGAUAAAGAGAGACGAAAGGAAAAGAAGCGAAGUCGCAGCAAGGAAAGGAGGAGGAAGAGCAGGAGUCCUUCACCAGUCCGAUUUCGUGACCGACGAGGGCGGAGUAAUAGUAGAAGUCCUUACAGAUACACAAGACAACCAGGUCCAGAGCUUACGCCUGAAGAAAGAGAUGCUAGAACUGUAUUCUGCAUGCAGCUGUCGGCCAGAAUUCGUCCAAGGGACCUUGAAGAAUUCUUUUCUUCUGUUGGGAAGGUACGAGAUGUUCGUCUGAUUAUGGAUAACAAGACCAGAAGAUCAAAAGGAAUUUCUUAUGUGGAGUUUCAGGAUACAGAGUCAGUGCCAUUAGCCAUUGGAUUAACAAACCAAAAACUGUUAGGUGUUCCAAUUAUUGUUCAGCCUUCUCAAGCAGAGAAAAAUAGACUAGCUAAUGCAGCAAAUGUUCUACAGAAAGGCAACUCUGGUCCAAUGAGAUUAUAUGUGGGAUCUUUACAUUUCAACAUUACUGAAGAUAUGUUACGUGGAAUAUUUGAACCAUUUGGUGCAAUUGAAGAUAUCAAGUUGAUUCGUGAUCAUGAGACAUCAAGAUCUCAGGGAUAUGGCUUUAUAUCUUUCAAAGAUGCAGAAGAUGCCAAGAAGGCGUUAGAGCAGUUGAAUGGUUUUGAGCUGGCUGGCCGACCAAUGAAAGUUGGGCAUGUCACAGAAAGAACCGGAGAAGCUCAAGGAGCAUCUAUGUUAGACAGUGAUGAAAUGGAUAGAGCUGGUAUUGACUUAGGAGCAACAGGGCGCCUACAACUGAUGGCCAAGUUAGCAGAAGGAACAGGAUUCCAAAUUCCAGAUUAUGCUGCAAGUGCAUUGAAUGCUGGGAGUUCAGCGAGUGCCUCUACUGGGGUGUCAAGUAGUAUGACUGCUGCUGUGGGCCAGCCUGCUCCACCCACCACAGCCGCCACGGCAGUGUCCACUGCUCCACCAAUAGCUACUCAGUGCUUCAUGUUGUCCAACAUGUUUGAUCCAAGCUCUGAAUCAAGGACUAAUUGGGAUCAAGAGAUCCGGGAUGAUGUUAUUGAUGAGUGUAACAAGCAUGGAGGAGUUCUCCACAUUUUUGUUGAUAAAGCCUCUCCCCAAGGAAAUGUCUAUGUCAAAUGUCCAACCAUUGCAGCAGCUGUAGCGUCUGUCAAUGCACUUCAUGGCCGCUACUUCGGAGGAAAAAUGAUAACGGCAGCAUAUGUUCCAUUACCUAACUACCACUCCUUGUUCCCAGAAGCCACACGAGCUAACCAGCUAUUGUUACCCUCAUCUCAAGCCCUACAGGCAGGCUACCCAUCAGGAAUGUUUCCCAACAUGCCUACAGCAGCUCCUGUGAUGCGAUGAGAUAAAAGGCUUUUCACAAUAUUAUUUUUAUCAAAUAUAAAAAUGUACUACACAGAUUUUAACAUUGAUGAGAUCAUUAAACAGAAGACUGAUUUUUGGCUGUCAAACAUCCUCUAUUUUCAUGGAAAUUUUGUUUUAUAUAUGUGAUGUUGAAAAAUUUCUAACAUAUUAAUGUCAAAAUUUAUUUAUAUGCAGCAUCAUGUAUGCUCUUUAAUUUUUACACAUUAUACAUGCGAAAUGUUUCUUUUGCUCAUAUUUGUUAACAUAAUUAUAUACCUGUCAGAAGUUUGAUUGGAUGUGGAGAGUGUCAGUCCAUUCACACUAUGGUUUUCUUGUUUGGACCCUUCACAUUUCUAAGAAAUAGGGAUUGGUUUAACAUCUGAAAUUACCAAAUUACAAGGGUCGACUGGAUGCCCUGUUACUUGGUAUCAAGUUUUCUGAUUGAUGGACACUUUCCAAAUACGAUCAGAUUCUGGUGAAAUUUUGCUAAUAAUUUUACCAUAAAAAGAUUUUGGUUUAUGUUCUUGCAAAAUAAUUUCAGUUUGUGAUUGUUUCUAAACUAUUAAUUCUAUAAUUGGCAAUGGGAGAAAAUAUGAGUAUAUUUAGUUAUGAAGUGAGACGGGCAACUUUGAUUCAAUUGAAAUUUUCAAAUAUUAAGUAGUGUAAUAUGGUUUAACUUUUUACCAAACUCCUGAUGCACAAGUCAAAUAAAAGAGAGAUUCAAUGAGUUCAAUUCAAUUUUACCAAGGAUUGUAAUUAAAGUGUAGUCCUUCAAUGUUAUAAUAUUUUCAAACAUUUUGUUACAAAGAGUGCAUAGAUCAGAAGGAUUCUAUCAGGAUGUCGCUUGUGUUAAAUAAGAUUCUUUAUAUGCUUUAUUGCACGGGAAAGGUUGGUAUUGGUUUUACCCAAGUGAUACUUUUGGUACUUUUGUUGUUAUCAUAAUCAAGUAAAGAUGCUGCUUAUGAAAGUGAUAUGGGCAUUCUGAAAACCACAAGUAUGGAGAAAAUGACUACAUAAUCUAGUUCAAUGGUGUUUUUAGGAAAUUUCAGAAAUCCUUCACUAUAUUUUAAGCAUGUUUUAGCUAGAGAGAUUCAUUACCGUUUAAGAAGGGUCUUGUAUUCCACUAGCUUUUGACUUGAGAAUUUAUUGCUUUUUGUGAUAUGGAAAUGCAUUCUUAAAUUGUUGUUAAUUAAUUUGUGUAGGUAUCAUUAAACGUGUGUAAGGAAGACACUGUAAAAAUACUUAUUUUGUCCUAUUCAAAUUUUAGACUGAUGAUGCAUUUGUACACCUACAAUACAUCAUAUUUGGAUAACGGUUCACAAAAACCAAAUUAGUACAUUCAGAAUUUUGAGUAUUGGUAUAAAUAUGUUUUUACGGUAUAUGGAAACAAAUGUAUUGCGAUCAUUAUAUUGACAGUAUCUGUCCAUCAUGUUGGUUGACAUUCUCAUUUCAUUAAAUAUCUGAAAAAAAAA